CUCCAUUUCUUUCCACACCAUUUUUCUUACCAGAACAUUAGUGCACAUGCACUGCGACAUCACCCAUCAUCCAUCACCAACUCUUUCCUAUUUCAAUGCCUUAUAAAUACUUACUCAAAUCCCAUUCCCAACUCGUAUCAUCAUUACUCUAAUUACCUCCUUUCUCUAGCUACUAUAAUUAAUUACCUCUUAUAAUUCUCUCUUUCUCUUUUUCUUCACUAGUCUUUAAUUUUUUUAGAGAGGAAAGGAAGAAAGGAAAAUUAUGAGUACUGCCGUGAUGAUGAAGAAAUCAUAUGGCUACUCCAAGUUGGAUAAAGAAGACCCAGAAGAGAUAAUUCAUAGAAGAGCUCAGUUUUUGAUCUACAAAGCUCUUAAACAAGCAGAUUCAAGAAGAAAACCAUCUUUCUCGAGGAUCAGAAUGUGCAGGUUAAAGGUCAAGAUUGGAAGGAAAUUAAAGAGGCUGAGAAAGAGUAUGCUGCUGAGCAUUUCUGCUGCCAGAAUUAGAAUCUAUAAGCAGAUUGUCAAUCAAUUGAAACGCCUGUUUAGCAGUGGAGAUGCCAUUGCCACUCUUCCUACCCUGCUAGCUUUACCUUGAUGAAGCUCUCAAAGUUUUUCUUUCCCUUUUUGUUUUUGAACGGAUUUGGAAUGUGUGCCUCUACUAUACAGAUAUAAAUAUCAAUGCUACAAGAUGGUAUUUUUGCUUGUUAAA